GUAAUGACGUCCACAAGCACCAUGGUUUUGGUGGAGCGAGCCCAUAACUAUGCUGCGACAUCAUCCGUUCGCACGCUUUAGGGAAAGGAGAUGAUUCCACGUCUCUCUUUUCCUAUCGAGUAUUGACCUCCCCUUUUUUAACGCGCAUUUCUUCCGAGUUAAAGCUUUCCUCUUUCUAUAAUUGGAUCCACAAACAUAUAGCCCAGUAGGAAGAGAGCGCGAGAAGCUGCAGGAUGAGCUCCCUUGGGUGCAGAACCUCGGUGCGAUGCGUGGACGCACGUGUGCCGGUCAGGGCCACGUACGUCAACCUCUAUAGGUGGCCGGAAUCCGAUGCCGAGUUCGUCAAGUCAGUGACCGGCGGCGGCGGCGGCCGUGGUGGAGGUGUUAUUAGGAGGAGUUGGGCUCGGAGUCCGGCGGUGGUGGAUAGCUACUCAUGCAGGCAGAUGUACCUGCGGAGUUACACAUUCUCCAAGGAGAAGAAGAAGGAGAGCGUGCCGGAGAAGACGAGACGAUGCCUGGUGAAGCUCAAGGAGAGGGCACUCCUCUCUGCGCUCGUCUACCAUCGGAGGAAGAGUUCUGAUUUGAUCGAAAAUGAUCGAUCUCGUGAUCAGAAGAAGAGUACUCAGAGGAAGAGAUCAAAGAAAAAGGGGUGCGUGGUGGCGGUGAGGAAGCUGAGAGAAGUCUCUUUUUCCGCGUUUUACUCCGUCUUCUGGCGUCUCCUCUCCUGCACCACCAAUGCCGGGGUGACGGCUCGCCACCCCCAAGAAUAGUGAGGGUGGUAUUCCUAUUAUUAAUUUCAUUUGCUCUUUUUUUUUCCUCCUGGUUUGUUUAAUUUGCUGGACUUGUAUCCUGUUCUCCUCCCAUUCUCUCCUUGGUUUUUUUUUUUUUUUUUUUAACCCCUUCUCUAAUUUGGAUUUCUUCCUUUAUAAAUACAAGUUGGAAUAUGAUGCUUUAAUUUGUCUGGCAUGUUCCAAAGUCCUAGCGCAUUGUUCCGUAAAUAAGGGAGUUGUUCCAUCUCCAAACAGGCAACCUGUUUCCAGGGUCUGUAGUUUUGCCCCCUCCUCUCCCCAACCUCAAUAAACUAUGCAGUCCGGGUGGUGAAGAUGAAAGGGUGCUGGUGGACCCAAUCUGCUGUUAGAAGCUGUCUUGUCUCCUUUUUUUUUUUUUUGUAAAGUAAUUGGUGUUCGGACUCUAGAGAAAGCCAAAGAGAAAAGAGGUAUGUGGCAGUGGAGAAUGGAACCGACGCAAAAAAAAAGUGGGAUGUGACCGGGCGUCCCCAGGCUGAGAGGCCGCCCAUACUGUUGGAAUAUUUUGAAGUGACCUCUUUGGAGGAUAGUUGACGGAUAUAUGCUGGAUUUUAUUUGAGAUUCUCGUGACCACAUUGGAGAGCACUUGGAUAGCACAUGGCUCGAGUGAUUUCUGGAUCUUUGUCUGUAAACUUAUUGCUGCUCAAAAAGAAGAAGUAACUUUGUCUGUAAAUUUGAAAAUUGCUUCUUUAUAUUUUAAAAUUUCUCAUGUGAGAGACAGAGAGAGAGAGAGAGAGAGAGAGAGAGAGAGAUUUCUCUUCCAUUAAAACCACAGAGAGAUCUGACUAAAACAAGUGAGAAGGAAGAGAAGCACAGACUAAAACAUGUAACAUAUCGGUUAAAUCUCUAAAUAAUUUUGAUACAUGGUAUUAUGUU